UACUAGAUCGUCUUUUUUUUUCUUUUCCUUUAUCAACUCUCUAAACCGUUGUAAUCUCCGACGAGUCUCCGUUCUCUCUUCUUCCAUGGCGGUUCUACAGAGAUCCAAACCAAAUUCCCCCACACUGCUAUUACUACUCGCACAAUUAUGCUUCCUAUCGUGUUCUUCACUCGCAAUCGCAUCGAGGGAUGGAAGUGGUUAUACCAUCAACGGCCGAGUUAAAAUCCCUGGUUUUGGUGCGAAAGGCUUCGGUCUGCCGGUGAAGGCUAACAAUGCCAAAGUAUUAUUGAACGGUGGUCAGCAAGUUACGUUUUUAAAGCCCGAUGGUUACUUCUCAUUCCACAAUGUGCCAGCUGGAACUCACCUUAUUGAAGUUGAUGUCAUCGGUUAUCUAUUUUCACCGGUGCGGGUAGAUGUGAGUGCCAGAAACCCUGGUAAGGUUCAGGCUGCACUGACAGAAACCAGAAGAGGUCUAAACGAGCUCGUUUUGGAGCCUUUGAGAGAAGAACAAUAUUAUGAGAUUAGGGAACCUUUUAACAUAAUGUCUAUUGUAAAAAGCCCAAUGGGACUCAUGAUUGGAUUUAUGGUGGUGGUGGUGUUCUUGAUGCCCAAAUUAGUUGAAAACAUGGACCCGGAAGAAAUUAGAAAAGCACAAGAAGAGAUGAGAAACCAAGGUGUUCCUUCUCUUGCAAAUUUGAUGCCUGGAGGUGCGAGGAGCAAUUAGAGAGAUCCAUCUGCCUGUUGCGGCUGUUAUGUGUCCGAUCAACUUGAAUGGGACAGCAAAACAAAACAAUGAUAGGCAUUUGGCUUGCAGGAUCGUUUUAAGACAUUAAAUGCGUUUUGUAUCUUUGUUUAGAUUGACCAAAGGGUCGUUUUUCUACUUAAGUUCAUAACUUUACUCUUUGAUACUGAUAUCAUUGAUCAUCAACACUGUGAAGGAAACUGUCAUAACAUGUUUCGGGUGUUACAGAAUGAAAACAGUGGGGGAUAGGUUAUACGAAACUUGUGCUUUUCAAA